AAUCUUCCACGCGUCCCACUUUCCAGUGAUAUCCCCGUUCCCGAACACGCUGACAUCUCUGCCAUCUAUAAGACUCCUCUCUUAUAAUUUCGAUUUGUUCUAGGUCUCUGGCUGGAUCAACCGAUCAAGUUUAAGGUACCCUUUAGCUCUGGUUAAGGUGCCUUGCCUUCUCUAAGCCCUACCCCAGAACCAUCUCCUCGUGUCUUGAUCUAAGCAAAAAUUUGGCGGGAAACUUAUAUUAAUCUUUUCAGAAACCACAGACACUGUAUCUUCGCUGGUUAAAUUUAGCUUUUGGUUGGAUUUGAUUAUUUUGUCUUGACAGAUCUUGAUUUCACACGAAAUUACACUUUCUCCGGUUGAAGGAUGUCUCGUUGCUUCCCAUAUCCUCCACCGGGAUAUGUGAAGAACGGUAUUUGCGAUGAGGCUCUGAUCGAAUCGAUCAAGCUUCUACGCGAAGGAGAGAAGGCCAAGAAGAAAAGGAAAGAAAGGAAGAAAGAGAAAAUAUGGGAGAAGAAAGAAAAGGAGAAGGUUCGGGUAAGUGAAGUGGUUGAAAGUAAGAAGCACAGACAUAAAAGACACAAGGAUGACAGGAACCAAGAAGGUAAGAAAGGAGGGGGCCUUCAAAAGAAAACAGAAAAUGAACUUGAGAAGAGUAGCCUUACUGAAGAACAUGGGCAUUCGGUUGGAUCUCAGGACUCUUCUGACAGUACUCUUAGCAGCACCAAAAGACAGAAGUUGAGCUCACCCCCUGAUGGUGAGAAUAAUUCUGGAAGCAUUACGUGGAUCCGGUUGCCUUUCCAAAGGCAAAAUGAUCCAAAAGGGUUACCCAGCAGCGAACAGCCUUGCACUGCCUCUGGAGGGACUGACGGUGCCUGUACUCAAGUGAUGCAGGAACAUGCUCAUAGAACAGGCUUGGAGGAGGGAGAAAUGCCCUGUUCUCCUUCCAGAGUGAUAACAGGCUUGGAAGAGGUAAAACUGCCCUGUUCUGCUGCCGCAGAGAUGUGUCCAGAACUCACUUUAAGGGUCAAUGAAGAAAAGCCCUGCCUCUCUACAAGCGUGUCUGAAAGUUCUGCUCAGAUGGCUGAGACAGUUGUGCCAUCAAGCUUGUGUGGCCGCUGCUCCCCUCAGUUAGCAUUAAAAUUCAGAGAUGUCAUUGAGAACUGGGUUCCACCUCCAAUGGAACCUGACUGCACUUUCGGUUAUAAGGAAUGGCUGUUUGGGACAAGGCAGGACCGGAUACAUGGGGCCAAAAUCUGUGAAGCUGGUGGUCUUGGUUUACCUCAUGCGAACUCAACUACUUUACCACACGUUUGUUACUUACCUGAGGUUGAUAUGUAUGCUUUACCAUUCACCGUGCCAUAUUGAAACCCUCUCAUGAAAAUACAAAAUUGCCUGUAAAGUUGGGCACCAUUAAUUGUUCACGGUGCCUGAAAGUGUGAAUAGAGUUUGUUGUCUAGCAUUUCAGUUUGCUCUGUUGACUGUUGAGUAACUCCGGUUCAAUUUGCUGGCUAAAUGUGCGAGAGGAUAGCUAUAGCCAGUUAGGGAUUGAGUAGUCAAACUUUUUCAUGUAUUGAGGAAGUGAAAACAGAAUUGUACUAGAGAGCAAAUUUUUUCUGUAGUAAUAUAAUCAUCAAAUUCUCCACAA